AUGGACGCAUCGUCCAUUAUAACUCAAGUGUCACGCGAUGACGAACAAUUAAACAACUAUGGAUCCGAAAGAGGAUCGUCACCGGGUGCACAACAUAACGAUGGCGAUGGAACACCAGUGGCGGGCUCCACCCCGCUGGGGACUAAGAAGUCAAGUGGGAGUGGCGGGUUCCUACGAUCUUUGCUGUGCUGUUGGCGUGGCGGGCGUGGCAAGGGCCCGCCUGGAGGCAAUGGCACGAACAGUAUCGAUGGCAGGGCUUCGCCCCCGCUCCUGGUCAUGUCAGACCACACAGUGCGGCCACUAUUACCGCCAGUGAGACACCAGGAUAUGCAUAAAAAAUGUAUGGUGAUCGACCUUGAUGAAACAUUAGUACACAGCUCAUUUAAGCCGAUCAACAACGCAGACUUUGUCGUUCCGGUAGAGAUCGAUGGAGCGGUGCAUCAGGUUUACGUCCUAAAGCGACCCCACGUCGAUGAGUUCCUCCGACGCUGCGGGGAGCUCUACGAGUGUGUACUCUUCACAGCCUCACUCGCUAAGUACGCGGACCCCGUUGCCGAUCUAUUGGACAGAUGGGGCGUGUUCCGAGCUCGAUUGUUCCGGGAUAGCUGCGUGUUCCAUCGCGGGAACUACGUGAAGGACCUCAACAGUCUCGGUCGUGACUUGCGACGCGUUGUAAUCGUAGACAACUCGCCCGCUUCAUACAUAUUCCAUCCGGAUAAUGCUGUACCUGUCGCGUCAUGGUUCGACGACAUGACAGAUUCAGAACUAUUGGACUUGAUACCAUUUUUCGAGAAACUGAGCAAGGUCGACAGUGUAUACACAGUGUUGCGCAACUCGAAUCACCCGUACAACCCCACACAGAACAACUCGCCUCCCACAUAG